CCGGCCCGGCGGGGACAUGAGCUUCUUCGGUUUCGGGCAGAGCGUGGAGGUGGACAUCCUGCUGAACGAUGCGGACAGCAGGAAGCGGGCCGAGCACAAGACGGAGGAUGGGAAGAAGGACAAGUACUUCCUCUUCUACGAUGGGGAGACGGUGUCCGGGAAGGUGAGCCUGGCGCUCAAAAACCCCAACAAGCGGCUGGAGCACCAGGGUAUCAAGGUCGAGUUCAUUGGGCAGAUCGAACUCUACUAUGACCGUGGGAACCACCAUGAGUUUGUGUCCCUGGUGAAGGACUUGGCCCGGCCUGGAGAGAUCACCCAGUCGCAGGCCUUCGACUUUGAGUUCACCCAUGUGGAGAAGCCAUAUGAGUCCUACACCGGGCAGAAUGUGAAGCUGCGGUAUUUCCUUCGUGCCACCAUCAGCCGCCGCCUCAACGAUGUUGUCAAGGAGAUGGACAUCGUGGUCCACACGCUGAGCACGUACCCAGAGCUGAACUCGUCCAUCAAGAUGGAGGUCGGGAUCGAGGACUGUCUGCACAUUGAGUUUGAGUACAACAAAUCCAAGUACCACUUGAAAGACGUCAUUGUGGGGAAGAUCUACUUCCUGCUGGUGAGGAUCAAAAUCAAGCACAUGGAGAUCGACAUUAUCAAGAGGGAGACGACGGGCACGGGCCCCAAUGUGUACCACGAGAACGACACCAUUGCCAAGUACGAGAUCAUGGAUGGCGCACCUGUCAGAGGGGAGUCCAUCCCUAUCCGGCUCUUCCUGGCCGGCUAUGAGCUCACCCCCACCAUGCGGGACAUCAACAAGAAGUUCUCCGUGCGAUAUUACCUCAACCUGGUGCUGAUCGAUGAGGAGGAACGGCGCUACUUCAAACAGCAGGAGGUGGUGCUGUGGCGGAAGGGUGACAUCGUUCGGAAGAGCAUGUCCCACCAGGCGGCUAUCGCCUCGCAGCGCUUUGAGGGCACAACCUCUCUGGGAGAGGCGCGGACCCCGGGCCAGCUGUCUGAUGGCAACAGCAGACAGUAGGCCCAGGGCCAGGGAGCUGCUGGGCUUCCACCUCGGCUCCAGGCCACCAGACGCCAGCGGCCGGGGCGUGGGAGGCUCAGCUUACCCACUACUUGCAACCAGAAAACAAAUCAUGUUUUGAUGUAAAUCCUUUUUUCUGAAGAACCCAAGGGGUGUGGGUGGGGAAGCAAUGUCUCUGGGACCCUGUGGCUGUUGUGAGCACAGGGGGGAGGCAGCGACCCAGGAGAGCCCUCUGCCCAGGCCUGCCGUGUGGGGCUGCCUGCAACUGCAGGGUGCAGAGAGCGGGCCCCUGGGCACCGCUCCCUGUGCCUCCUGGUUCAGGACAUAAACAGGUCCCUGGGACGUGCAGCUGCCAGCAGGGCCCUGGGUGGUCACGUCCUACAGUCCCCUCUACUGUCCCUGAGCUAGUAGCAGAGGGGGUCGGGCCUGCCACCCGCCAAAUUGGCAGCGGGGGCUCAAGACCAGGAAGCUACCUCCUGGGGAGUCUCGGAUGUGGUGCUUUGAAGCUUCCACAAGCCACCCCCUUUCUGGCCUUUCCCUCACCUUUGGGACCAGCUCCCACCCUUCUCCACCUCCUAUGGACUCUUGUCAAUAAGGAGGCUGUGGAAAGGCCCUUAGCUGAUCGUCUCUGGGCUCAGAGACACUGGGGGUCUGUGUCACGUGUAGAUGGCAUCAGGGUGGGACAUGGGAGCCAGAGCCAGGUGCUGGGUGGGGAAGCAAAGUAGCAGUGCAUGACGUGGCCAGCCCUGUGGGCGGGAGGUUUCAGGGCCCCAACAAGCCUGCUCUGGGUGCGUCUUCCUGGAGAAGAGGUCCAGGGAGGGCCCGCUCUCUGCCUUUCCCUGAGUGGACCCUCUUCACUCCUUGUUCUCCAUCUCAUUCCGGAAACUGAGGCCUGGUCUCAGACACCUGGAGGCUUUGCUCUUACCACACUCCCCACCUGCAGCUGCGGGGAGAGAGGAAGCCUCCGCAGACCUGGCAGCUUCAGAGUAACUGCCUGCUGGGGCACUGUCCUCCCCACCAGCUGACUGACCAGAGGCUAGGCCGCCACUGUUUCAUUUAUGUGGAGGCUCUCGUCACACAAGAGGGGUCUCCCACAGUCACCCUGUGCUCAGGCCUGUUCUGUUAAGGGUGUGGACAUCCUUCCUGCCUCCUGUUGACCUCUCUUCCCAUUGAGAAAGACCAAGCAGAGCCCCCUGGCCAGCGAGUACCAUGGUUGCGUCUGAGUUCUGCCGUGGGGAAGCGGAGGAGCUGGCUUCUGCUCAUCGUUCAAUUAGUGUGGAAAACACGGGCCCCUCUUUUCCUCAGAAUCUGCAGCAGGGGGCCUCUGACUGGGCAGGGUUCAUGAGACUGGAAGGAAGGAUAGUUGGUAUGACCCUUGAGGUUGCCUGGAGGCAGCAGAGCCAAGAAGGGAAGGUGUUUUCCCCCAGGCCAAACCCCAAGUUCAGGUGCAGGACAUCCCUAUGGGAACAGGACAACCUGUGCAGCUGCCCCUGGAUAAGCAGCAGGGCUGGGAUGAGUGUGGGAGAGGCAGCUUCUGUGUUCCUUGCGGUGUGAGAUUAGGCUCUGGCACCCUCCCACAGUAGCUGGUAGCUGAACUAGAAAGUGCCCAUUGAUUCCUCUGCCUCCCAGCUGACAAUACAGAUUCACUUCUCAACUUUCCCAAAACCUUAAACCUGUCCUCUGAGGGAACUAGAGAGAAUCUGGUCCUCACAGGAGCCAGGCCUUCUGCUCUUACCCUGCCCCGAUCCUCUGCUUCUCUGCACCCGUCCCUGGGAGGGCAUAGGUCCUGAACCAAGCUGUGCAGCCUGGACUUACAGCUGCGCCGUUUACAAGUUUCUCAACGUGUCGUCUUGUCAGUGGCUGUGUUUAAACAAAAAUCUCUGUCUCCACCGUCUCUCUGAUUAAAGCCAGCCCCUGGGCUCCAAGGCAUCAUGCCCAUGA